AUGUCAGAUAGAUAUAGACCACCAAGUGGCCCAAGAUCUACUAGAGGAUAUGAAGAUCGAAGAAAUCCCAACCCAACAAGUAGUAACAACAACAACUCCAAUAGUAAUAACAGAAACUAUAAAUCUUCCUAUGGACAGAGAGAUACGUACACACCAUCAGGACCUAAAAGGUAUCAAGAACGGGAUAACUACAGACCUAAUUCGUCUGCGAAUGAAAGGAGCGAAUCCUAUCAACCAUCAAAAUUCAGACCGUCUGGACCAUCUGGUUACAGAGGUAACGAUAGAGACUUUCACUUUCGCCCUGGCUCGAAGAGACCACACCCAUCAGAGUCGAAAGGCUAUAGAGGAGGGGAUGAUUACAGAAAAAGACAGGACAGAACAGAUUUCAAUGGUCCAGCGCCUGGCCCAUCAAGUUAUAGGGAUAAAUCAAGCACAUACAGGAAUCCAAGGUAUGAUAAUAACAGUUAUAAACCAAAAGUGAACUUAAAAAACUUACCGAAGGGCCCAAGGUCAGGGAAUGUGAACGAUUCCAGAGCUAAACCAAGACCAUAUCUGAAGGACGAAGAGGCUGCACCACCUAUUAAAUUAAGUAAAUCGCAAAUAUAUCUGAUACGUAUAACGAGACCGUCUGAAAUUUAUAAAAGAGUUCAGCAGGUAGGUGAAGGGACAUACGGAAAAGUAUAUAAAGCUACCAAUUCUAUCACCGAUGAAUAUGUUGCUUUGAAGAAAUUAAGAUUAGAAUCUGAAAGAGAAGGUUUCCCGAUCACGGCCAUGAGAGAAAUAAAGCUCUUACAAUCGUUUGACCAUGAAAAUGUUGUCGGAUUACUAGAGAUGAUGGUGGAACACAAUCAAAUUUAUAUGAUAUUUGAUUAUAUGGAUCACGACUUGACAGGUUUAUUAACACACCCCGAUUUAAAGUUAACAGAAAGUCAUAGGAAAUUCAUUUUCAAGCAAUUAAUGGAAGGCUUGCAGUAUUUACACAAGAAAAGAGUUAUCCAUCGGGAUAUUAAAGGUUCGAACAUUUUGUUAGAUAAUAUAGGAAGGUUAAAAAUAGCAGAUUUUGGCUUGGCAAGAACCAUGAAUGUUCUUAAUGAUGGAGAGAUUCCAGAUUAUACCAAUAGAGUUAUUACAAUUUGGUACAGACCACCAGAAUUACUUUUAGGUUCUACAGAUUAUGGCAGAGAAGUGGAUAUCUGGGGCGUGGGCUGUCUUUUGAUUGAGUUGUAUUCGAAAAUAGCCGCAUUUCAAGGAUUUGACGAGAUUGGCCAAUUAUAUAAGAUAUUUAAUGUUAUGGGUACUCCAAAUAUUGAAAAUUGGCCUGAUAUGGAAAAUUUGCCUUGGUUUGAGAUGUUGAAACCAAAGAUAAACAAAGCAAGCACUUUUAAGAAUGAGUAUGAGUCUAUCAUGUCAGAGCAAAGUUUUGAUUUAGCUGUCAAAUUAUUGACAUUGAAUCCUAAGAAGAGGUUAACCGCUAGAGAGGCUUUAGAACAUCCAUAUUUCACGGAGGAUCCAAAACCAGAACCUUUGCAUUUUUUGAAAGAUGUUAAAGGCGAAUGGCAUGAAUUUGAAACUAAAAAGAGGAGAAGAAAAGAGCGUAAGAGGUUGCAAGAUGCGAAGAAUGCAUCAUCCCAAAACAUAGCACAACUCAAUAAUGGGCCUUCGAUGGAUUCGGUUCCAGAUUCAGUAGUACCACCAGAUGGGCCAAAGGAUUAA